UUAAAGGUGGAGUCUUCACGACAAAGUGCAGACAUUCAAAUGGUUUAAGAAUGAAUCAUAAGCCCUCUUACAAAUUACCUCUUUUCACCAUGAAACAAGAAGACCCAUUGUUUGGUUCUUGCUGUUGAAUCUUCUUUCUUCUUCUUCUUCUUCAGUCUUGUAAUAGUUUUUUCUUAUGUGUUAUAUUGGGAUAGGGCUAGGGCAACCCAAUCCUCUGGAAGGCUUUUCUCUCAGAUGGCUGUGACUCUAUCUACUGCUACAAGGCUAGCUUCUUGUAGUGGAAAAUUGUUCAAACAAAGUCGUUUCCUUGCAUUGAAGUCAGUUUCUGGCAUUGCCCAGCUAAACCCCUGGCCUUCAGACUCAGGUACCGAUGAAGAGCACACAAUAAACCCACCCUACAAUGUUGUUCAAUUAGAAAACAAGAUUUCAGAAUUAGAUUCAAAAAGCGUUGUUGAGAUAUUAAAAAGCUUGAAUAAUGAGCCGAGGCUUGCAAUUUCAUUAUUUUCCCAGCUAAAGGAACAAGGUUUUAGGCAGAAUGUCAGCACUUACAUGGAAAUUAUAAAGAUUUUUUGUAAAUGGGAUAUGGAAAGGAGAUUAGAUUCUAUACUAGUUGAGGUUAUUAAGAAUCAAGGGGAGGAGCAUCUGGGUUUUACAGUUUCCGAUUUGCUCGAUGCUAUUAUGGUGGAGAUUGAGACAAAAGGUGAAAGUUCUUUGGUCCGUGCCUUUGAUGUGGUUAUUAAGUCUUAUGUUGGUAUCGGCAUGUUUGAUGAAGCUAUCGAUACUUUAUUCAAAACCAAAAGACGUGGUUUCAUGCCACACGUUUUCUCAUGCAACUUCCUUAUGAAUCGUUUGGUUGAAUGUGGAAAAUGUGAAUCUGCGGUGGCAAUUUACUGUCAGCUUAAGAGAUUGGGACUAAUUGCCAAUGUGUACACUUUCAAUAUUAUGAUCAAGGCCCUUUGUAGAAAAGGCAGCCUUGUUGAGGCUCUUGACAUUUUCCAAGAGAUGGAAGAAGCCAGAGUAGCUCCAAACAUGUAUACUUAUUCCACAUAUAUCGAGGGCCUUUCGCUACAUGGGAAAUCAGAUUUUGGCUACGAGUUGCUUAGAAAAUGGAGAGGAAACAAUGUUAUAAUCAAUGAAUUUUCUUAUGCCACCAUAAUCCGCGGCUUCGUUAAUGAGAUGAAGCUUUAUGAAGCAGAAAGUGUCCUUCUUGAAAUGGUGGAACAUGGAAUGGUCCCUGAUGCUUAUUGUUAUGGAGCCUUAAUUCAAGGACACUGCAAGACUGGUAAUAUAGACAAAGCUUUGUCCCUUCAUGAUGAAAUGGCUUCCAAUGGUAUUCAAACAAAUCACGUGGUCAUAAGCUUUAUACUCCAGUGCUUAUGCCAGAUGGGCCUAGCUUCUAAAUCAGUGGAGCAAUUCAAGAAAUUUAACGAAUUAGGGAUAUACCUUGAUGCAAAAUCACGUAAUAUCAUAGUCGAUUCUUACUGUAAAUUGGGAAAGUUUGAAGAUGCGCUAAUGGAGCUAGAUGAUAUGAAAAACAAGAAAAUGGUUUUGGACAGUAAACACUAUACAACACUGAUUAAUGGAUAUUGUUUGCAUGGGAAACUUGAUGCUGCACUGAAUGUAUUUGAGGAAAUGAAGGAUAAAGGAUUUGAACCUGAUAUAGUUACAUAUAACAUAUUAGCAGGCGGUUUCUCUAGAUGUGGUCUAGUGGAGAAAACAAGAAACCUCUUAUACUAUAUGGAAGACCAAGGAGUGAAACCCAACACUGUUACCUACAAUAUGAUUAUUGAAGGGCUGUGCAAAGGAGGAAAGGUGAAAGAAGCUGAAAAGUUUGUAAUUGGUUUGGAUGACAACCCUGUUAAUAACUACUCUGCCUUGGUCAAUGGAUACUGUGAGGCAAAUGAAAUGAGAAAGGCGUAUGAUCUUUUUAUAAGGUUGUUCAAACGAGGAAUACUUGUUAAGAAGAGGAGUCGCGUUAGACUUCUCAGUGAUCUUUGUAUGGAAGGUGAAACUGAUAAAGCACUGGAGAUGUUUGAGAAAUUGUUGUCUUUAGAUGAUGGUCCUUGUGAGAUAAUGUAUCACAAACUGAUAGCUACUUUCUCUAGGUCUGGUCAAAUGAAAAAUGCCCAAAGGGUUUUUGAUGCCAUGCUUAGUAAUGGGUUAGCUCCUGACAUCAUUACCUACACAAUUAUGAUUCAUGGAUACUGUAAGGUGUAUUGUUUGAAGGAAGCGUUUGAUCUCUUCAAUGAUAUGGAGAAAAAUGGUAUUAAACCUGAUAUUAUAUCUUAUACAGUAUUGCUUGAUGGAAUCGGCAAGACUAAGACUACUAAGAAAAUGUUAACUACCCCUCCAGAUGCAGGAAUAUGUAGUUUAGGUAUUCUAAAGGAAAUAGAGAAGGAGAAAAUGAAACUAGAUGUUGUUUGUUAUACUGUAUUGAUUAACAAUAAGUGUAAAAUGGACAAUCUUCGGGAUGCUAUUUCCUUAUUUGAUGAUAUGAUUGAGAGAGGUCUGGAACCAGAUACUGUUACAUAUACAGCACUUUUGUGUGGAUAUUGUAGGGCGGGAGAUGUCAAGAAAGCUGAAACCCUUGUUGAUAAGAUGAUAGAUGGCAGCAUUCUGGAUGUUAAUGCGAUGUCGAUGAUUUAUGGUGUACUGAAGGCAAAAAAAUUGCAGUUUUGACCAUAAGAACUCUGGUUACUGGCCUGCCAAACAAACUGCAAAUUUGUUCCCUCAUAUUUUCAUGUAUGAAGUAAAUGACUUUUCUUCAGCAUUACUUCUUCAGCAGACUUUCUCACUAAGAACGUCCUCAAUAGAAGGGAAACAUCAUGGCUGUGAGGGGUUCUGAAACGGAGCCUGGAACUUUAGAACACUUAGUCUGGAGCAUAUAUAGAACUGCGGGAAACAGAAGCAGAUAUCCAUUCUGUAUCUGAGAUUUCAUUGUACAUUUGCAACAUGACCACCGCAGAUUCUUGAGGGUUGUGCUAGCCCUUUGUCGUUGAAUCACAUCGAUUUUUAUGCUUGGGGAAGAAAAGUUUCUAUCAGUCAGUCAUUGCAUAUGUGAACUGUGAUGAAAGGAUUGCAGAUUUUGAGGCACAUCAGCUUGUCCUUUGCCUUGAUCAAAAUUUUAAGUGCAGUUCAAAUCUCCCACUAUACUAUCAAAUAACUCAAAGGAAGGAGAAUGUUCAUUUCAUCAAUUCGAAUGACGAUUUAAUUCAUCAAUUCGAAUGACGAUUUAAUUCAUCAAUUCGAAUGACGAUUUAAGUCAUUUGAAAGACUUCAGGACCUCCUUUUAUGGCUAGAUUUAUUCCCAGAAAGGAAGGCUGUAGCUGAACAUUGGAAGAGAUUUCAGUUCAUCAAAUGAUGGAAGGAUGAUUGUUGAUCAUUGGUUUUGUCAACGAGAUAUUCUAACUUGUUAUUAUGAAAUUUAUUUGGUGGUUGCUUUUUGGACCUUUUCACUCUUCUUGGUUUUAUUGUCAUUAUUGAAUGUAAUAGUAAAUAAUGGAUGAUAAUUUUUUGGACUUCAUGUCCAAUCAUUCUACAUUUUGUAGAAAUUUGUGUGAAAGUGGCUGUUUUUGACUA